CCAUCUCCCGUACAACCCCCCAGUAAUCAUUGCAACUCUCUCUCUCUCUCUCUCUUUCUCUCUCUCAUAUGUGAGCUUUGCUUGAUUUAAAUACAGAGAACUAGAGUCUCAUUUUCCUUCACUUUGCAUGCUCUUCUCUCUCUUACCCCCUCUCUCUCUCUCUCUCUCUCUCUCUCUCUAUACAUUUCUUCAUCAAUCCUCUCUCUCUAUUCAACAAUAUCAUCUCUUUCUUUCAGUAUCAGGAAGGCUUGCUGAUUGUGCAUGGAUGGAUCCUUCAAGUGCACAACACCACCAGGAAAUGGGUACUCAAACCUUGGAAAGUAUGUUGGGUUGCACAAAAGCACAGCAAGAGAAGAAACCAAGGCCUCAGCCAGAACAAGCUCUGAAAUGCCCUAGAUGUGACUCUACCAACACCAAGUUUUGUUACUACAACAACUACAGCCUCACUCAGCCAAGGUACUUCUGCAAGUCAUGCAGGAGGUACUGGACCAAAGGGGGAACUUUGAGAAAUGUUCCAGUGGGUGGAGGCUGCAGGAAGAACAAGAGAUCAUCAUCAUCAUCAUCAUCAAAGAGGAGCCAAGAUCAAGGCCUCACUACCAAUCCCAGCCCUCUAUCAAAUCUCCCAGCCUUGGGCUAUGAUUCUAAUGAUCUCAGCCUUGCAUUUGCUAGGCUGCAAAAGCACCCAACUGGGCAGCUAGGGUUUGAUGAGCAUGAUUUUUCAAUGUUGGGAAGCCAUGGAAAUACCCAUUGUGAUGUUCUUGGAAACCCUAAUGUCCAUUCCUCUCAUACAACUCCUUCCUUUCUUGAUGCACUUAGGAGUGGAUUUCUUGAAGCCCCAAAUGGGUUUCACAAUAUGUAUUAUGGGAUGAGUAAUGGAAACAUGGGUCAAGUGGAAAAUGGAAUGAAUGGCAGUGGAAGUGAAGAAAUGGGAAUUCCAUAUGAAGAUGUGAGUGGUGGUGCAACAACAACAGCGGUAACGGUGACGACAAUGAAGCAAGAGUUGUGCAAUGGGAGAGAGGGAGAGAAUAGGGUUUUGUGGGGAUUUCCAUGGCAGAUUGGUGGAGAUGGAAACAUGGUGGGUGAUCUUGUUGAUUCAGGAAGAGAAAGCUGGAAUGGACUUGGUGUUGGUCUUGGUGUUGGUGGUGGUUCAUCUUGGCAUGGACUUCUCAAUAGCCCUCUCAUGUAGAUGUUUACUUAGAAAAUCUCUAAUGUUUUUGAUGAUGAAAAUGAUAGAACUUUCUUGUACUCUUUAAUUAUGAUGAUCAGACUCAAAAUCUUAAUUUAAUCCUUUGAGUUUGUUUGAAGAGAGAGAGACUUGAUUCACCCUGAAUCAUUUCAAUUUCUUUUCCUUUAAUUUCUUGUUUCUUUAAA